AUGCGCUUGCGUCGCGUUGGGCAAAAUAACCACGGCAUCCUGCAGUCGAUGCUCUCUCGUGAGGACCAUGCGCGGUCUCUUGCGGCCGCCGCUGUGGCCAGCUCCCGUCUUCCGCGCAUGGUUGUCCACCGUGCAGUAGCGCUGCUAUCUCUCUCGUCCUUCCUUGGUUGGGUCGUUACUGCAACGACGACCCCAUAUAAUCAAUUCACGCUGGCUACCCAAACACUCCCCGCAAUUCAAAAACCCCACGUUCAUUACUCAGACCGGUUCCAGUGUUCUCUGACACCGCCAUAUACAAACGACCCAAAGCCGAGCCAGGGCGAACCUCCAACAUCGCGCCAGGGAGGAUUUCCUGACUACCCGGACCGCCCAUGGUCGGCUCAUCGAGGUCGAAGGGGCUUUGACCAACGGCCCCUGAUGUCGCAACCGGCUACGUCAGGAUCUCAAUCAAACCCUGUGGAUGAAGCCUCACGGAGACUCCAGCAGACAGGGCACCAUCCUCAAUUUCCUCCAGAAAUUCCGCCAAGCAUGCAUUCACUUCCCAGAGACCACAUCCGGAAUGGCCCUCCCGGUCCUCCGGUAUCUCUACCUUCUCUACGGCAGUUAUCAAACACUCCACCAACCCCUUCUUCUGACAGGAGGCCUGGAAAUCCCCUGGGUGUCCAAUCUAUAUUAAAUCCCCAAGGUGACUUGGCAGAACAGCGCUUAGAACAGCGAGGUCGAAGACGCAGUGCCUCCCAGAUGGAAUCCCCGUCACCUAUUGAUUCACAACCUCCCCCGAGCCUCCCUUCUAUAAGUAGGCCAACAAGUGUCGACUCGGCGCAGGAGGAGCCAGCAUUACCUCAGAGACAUUUCCAGAUGCCUGGACGGCUUUCAACAAGGCACUUGUUGAGCCCUAGAUCACCAAGUAUGCACCGUGCUCAAAGCCUGAGUGUACUAAAUCCACCCACGGGCACGAUUGAUGCACACCAGUCGCCUUUUCUGUCCCCCAGUACGCGUCCAUACGGACCAGACCAAAUUCCUCAGCCAUCUCUUCCUACUCCUCCUAUUGCCACUCGUCCAGCAUAUUUCGCUCCAACUGCACCAACCCCACCCCCCGGACUCAACCGUACUGACAUCCGCCGCCCCAGCGCCGGGUUUCCGCAGUCUGGCAGUGCGAGCCCGAUAGCUUCAUACUCUCCCUAUAGCCAGCCCGCAUCAAUCGCAUCCAGCCAGUUUGAAAGUUCUAGUCAACCAGGAUCUUAUAUGACAAUCCCGAACAAUGCCCAGCAUUCUGGCUUCAAUAACCCGCCGAUUGCCAUGGAGACUGAGCGAAAUAUGAUUCCAAUGACCCCCUCUGGACAGAGCACCAUUCAGAUGAUGACAAUUCAUAGCCAGCAGGGACACAAGGUCCAGAUUCCUGUAGACGUUCAGGCAGCGUCCAAGGUUGCCGAUGAAAAGAGAAAGCGUAACGCGGGCGCAUCUGCGCGCUUUCGCGCUAGACGGAAAGAGAAGGAACGAGAGGCGUCGAUGAGCAUCACCAGACUAGAACAGCAGCUGCGAGAGGCCCUCGAGGACACAGAAUUCUACCGGAACGAGAGGGACUACUUCAAGACCAUUCUCCUUCAACAACCGGGCCAUGAGCGACACUAUGCGCGUCCGCCAUCGCCCCGGUUGAGACGCCAUUCCACCGCACCCUCGUCUACCGGAGGAGGCGGAGGCUCAGGAGGAUCCUCUUACUCAGGAUACUCUGAACCCAGCGAGCCCCACGAACCCGAGCGGAAUGUCAGGAGGAGAACCAGCAGUUACCAUCCAGCUGCGGGUACGGCACCCACCUCUCUGAACGGCUCUGGGCCACCACCGCAGCAGUCCCAGUCAUACUCGACAUCGACGUUUCCUCCUAUUAAUCCGCCUCCCAUCGAUGGUCACCCCGCGAACCGACCCCCACCACAGCAAUUUGACCCUCGGGAACAAAGGCCAUUACCAGAGCUCCAGCCUCCUCAAAGGCCCGGCUUUCGCGAUCCCUUUGUUUCCGAUUCUACCCGAUACGACAAUAGAAACUGGGCACUGGGGCCUGCGAGAGACAACCGAGGGUAG